UAAAAUGGCUGGCAUAUCCAAAAUAUUGAAUAAUAUAUAAAGAAGUAUAUAAUGGAAUGCGGAGGUGGGGAAAGGGCAAUAUAGUCGCGCCUGCUCUACUCCCGCCACUGCUCAGCUCUCCCCUUUUUCUCUUUUAAGCUUAGAAAGGAGUAGUAAUGGAGUCAGUACUUCCUCCUCCAAACCUUCUACCUCAUCUUAGAAUUGUUUCUUCAACUUCAUCUUCACUCAGAUUCUUCCCUUAUUCUUCUUCUUCUUCUCCACGCCCGACCUUCACUUCUGCCGUUAAACCAAUCAGGAGAGUUCGUUGCGAGUUCGAUGCUAAAGUUAAUGGCGCUCUCUCCGGCGAGUUCGACCCCCGUUUCGUCGACCGCCAAAAAGCACUGGAAGCAGCAAUGAAUGACAUAAAUAAUUCUUUUGGAAAAGGAAGUGUUACAAGAUUAGGCAGUGCUGGUGGUGCUUUGGUUGAAACAUUUCCCAGUGGCUGUUUGACAUUGGACCUUGCCUUAGGUGGUGGUCUCCCAAGAGGAAGAAUUGUGGAGAUUUUUGGACCAGAAAGUAGUGGAAAGACUACUUUGGCGCUCCAUGCUAUUGCUGAGGUGCAGAGGCUAGGAGGAAAUGCCAUGCUGGUUGAUGCAGAGCAUGCUUUUGAUCCAGCAUAUUCGAAAGCAUUGGGGGUUGAUGUCGAAAACUUAAUUGUUUGUCAGCCUGAUCAUGGUGAAAUGGCACUUGAGAUUGCAGAUAGAAUGUGCAGAUCUGGUGCAAUAGAUCUAAUUUGUGUUGAUUCUGUCUCAGCUCUCACUCCACGAGCUGAGAUUGAAGGUGAGAUUGGUAUGCAGCAAAUGGGGUUGCAAGCACGUUUAAUGAGCCAAGCUUUGCGUAAAAUGUCAGGAAAUGCCUCUAAAGCUGGCUGUACCCUUAUAUUUUUAAAUCAAAUAAGAUAUAAGAUUGGUGUAUAUUAUGGAAAUCCAGAAGUAACAAGUGGAGGAAUUGCAUUAAAGUUCUUUGCUUCAGUUCGUCUUGAAAUACGUUCAACCGGGAAGAUAAAAUCUGCUAAAGGAGAUGAAGAGAUUGGGGUUCGGGUUCGCGUGAGGGUACAAAAGAGUAAGGUUUCAAGGCCAUACAAGCAGGCUGAAUUUGAAAUUAUAUUCGGAGAGGGAGUAGGUAAACUGGGUUGUGUUUUGGAUUGUGCUGAAAUGAUGGAGGUUAUAGCAAAGAAGGGCUCCUGGUAUAGCUACGAGGACCAGAGAUUAGGACAAGGCAGGGACAAAGCAUUGCAGUACUUGCGCGAGAACCCCCAUCUUCUUGAUGAAAUAGAAAAGAUAGUAAGAUCGAAAAUGUUCGAAGGAAGUGGAGAAGUAGGUUUUCUGCAGCCAAGGAACUUAUCACUGGUUCAAGACGACGAAGAUGUUUUUGAAGAGAUCCAAUGAAAAUUUGUCAAAAUUUUCUCACAAUGGAUUGACGCACUAGGCAGGAACCGUGGCUGAAACUGAAAGCAAAACCAAAGCAGCAGUGGUUGCUCCAUCAACAUGUUGAAAUGGGAUAUGAUGAUGGUAGUAGUUUAACAAAUUGACAUCUUUGCCGUCCAUUUAAUUUUGGGAGCUACAAAGUUACACAUCAGUGCUUAUAUUAGCAAAGAUAAACAUAUUCAACCAAAACAAGGGCGGUUUUUGUAGGCAAGGGGGUUAUGUAAAAGCACAUGGGUUUAAGCUUUCAUGUAUUUGCUUCUGGAAUUUCAUUUAGCAAGGCAUCUCUUUGUAUUUAUUCCCUUUCAAAGAGGAAAAAUUAAAAAGUGUAGCAAAUGAGGAGCAUAUUCUCCUCAUUAGUGUAUCAUUUUUUAUAGCAAAAAGAAAAGGGUAUUUGGAA